AAACAGGCUGAAGCUGUCUGUAUUUUUUUUUCCGUUUUCCUCUCAGGUUUUGCUUAGAUUCGGUGUAUGUGCUGUGUGUUCUUUAUACCCUUUGCCAGUUGUUAUUAUAGAGGAAUCGAUUUGAACGUACUUCACACGGUGUAAACAUACAAGUUAUUACAACGAUGAUCUGCGAUACGAACUGGUUGCUCUUCACAGCACUUUCACUCUUUACAUUAAAAGUUGACGCACAGGAAUCUUCAUCCUCUACUGGGGCCUCCUCUUCUUCCUCAUCUUCAUCUAACGCCUCCUCGGAGUCAUCAAGUGCCGGUAGCAAUAGUGAACUGGUUGGUACGUGGUCUUCCAAAUCCAACACAGUAUUCACGGGGCCUGGAUUUUAUGAUCCAAUAGACGAGUUGCUGAUCGAGCCUGCGCUUCCCGGGAUCUCGUAUUCCUUCACAGAGGAUGGAUAUUGGGAGGAAGCGGUAUACCAAAUCACCUCAAACGCUCAAAACCAUUCGUGUCCAGCGGCGGCGCUAACGUUCCAGCACGGGACGUAUGAGAUACUGUCGAACGGAUCCUUGCUACUAACGCCUUUCGAGGUUGACGGCCGUCAACUCCUGUCGGAACCUUGCGAGGACUACGGCAUCUCGACGUACUCAAGAUAUAUCCAAACAGAACUCUACGACCAGUUUAGCGUAUACGUUGAUCCAUACCAUGGACGCUACAGAUUAAACCUCUUUGAAUGGGACGGCACCCCAGUACAGCCUCUCUACCUGGCCUACAGACCGCCAAUGAUGCUUCCUACAGAGACGUUGAACCCGACAGACACCGCAGCGGAGACACAUUCUUUGAGAAAGCGUAUUAGACGUUCGCUGGCUAACAAGGGUAGAACAAGGGCUGUGAAGGUAUCGCCCAUCAACGUGGAUCUCUGGUGGUGGACGUCGGUCGGUGUCAUCGCAGUUGGUGGUGUCAGCUACUUCUUCUUGUGAUUCGACCACAGACCUUUGCUACUAUAAAGCAGAGAACGAAUAUAUAAGUCAAAGUGCCUCGUGAAAUGU